AUGUUCAAGAGACUCAAUCAGAGACUUACUGUCCUGCCACUAGGGUUGGACGAGGCAAUUGAAACAAGCGGCACCACGUCGUUGCUUUCCAAAAUAAACAUGACAAUUGGAUAUAGCGGAAAAUGUUUUGAAAGAUCGUUUACCGCCGAACAACGGUACUCCUGGUUAGGUUGUACAAAGGGGGAUCAAUUGGAUGGUGAGACUAGUUUGGCUGGUCUCGCUACCAAGUAUGUUACCCCAAGCGGCAACAUUAAUAUAAGCCAAGUCAUGGUUGAAUUACAAUCUCGCGUUGCCCUUUCUCAAGAAGAGCUGAUCAACCAUGAGACACAAUCCAUGUUAUGGGAAUGGUAUGACAACCAUGUUGCCUUGUUGUUUAACUUGAUUAGAUUGUAUGUUAUGGCAGAAUUGAAAGAAAGUGGUGGGUUGAAGACGACCGGUACCUUCCCCAAGUAUGACGAUGGCCAUGUUCAAAUUGAUCCAAACUUUAGACUUUUAAAACCUGAUGAGGAGAUAUCAUGGUCAUGGCCUGGAGGUAAAGAGAGCGAAAACUAUCCUCGAUGGACUAGCACCCAAUCGAAUUUGCCUGAGCAUAAUGUCCCUCACAUAGAUUUGAGAGCCUUGCUGAGAGCCGAAGCUAUUGUUGUCUUGUUGGCCACAAGUAAAUGGAGAAGGCAAUCAAACUUUAGAAUUGACUUUGACUAUCCAAAGUUGGCUGACCAAUUAGUGUACAGGUACACCAGGAACAUUCAGGAAUUGGAUGAUUGGAUCCUGGGAAAAAGUGAAAGAGACUUUCCAUUGAGUGACAAGCGUGUGAUUUGGCUGGCUCUUCGCAAAUAUGUUGUUGCAAACAACCUCUACAAUCAAUUUUACUCAGCUGCAAGCGUUUUGUCGCAAUUAUUAUUGACAGUGAUUCCUGAUAGUGCCGAAGGACAAGUGUGGCUUACGGAGAUAGUUGAGGUUGGUCUUCCAAGAUUUGGCUCUGUGCGUGGUUGGUACCCCUUUUUGACUAAUGGAGAGGCUGCGCUCAUUCAGGAAACGGCUUUAGAAGAUUGGGCUUAUUUGAAAGCAAACCCGGGGUUACUAUACUCCACCGCAAUAUCGGUGGCAACAUUAUUACCCUAUGGGAUUGCAGCUCGUAAUAACAACCCUCGGAAUAGGCGGCAGAAUAUUGUUUUAGAAAGGGAUCGUAAUCUUAUCAAACAACCUGAGACUUUCGUGGCAGCUUGCUUGUCACUCGCUUCCGGAUUAAACAUUCCAUUGAAUGGAUCAGAAAACGCUUAUGUUUUCUACCCGGGAAUUACCAGUGAAAACAAAGUUUGGGCUUUACCUUGCAAGUUUAAGCAAGAUGCUGGCUACUUAAGGGAAGGUGACAAACUUGUUGUGACCGGAUUACCGUAUAUCGGAUCGCCGUAUGUGUGCUAUCCGUUGGAUUUGACAGUAACAGAGGCACCAACAAGUGGCCUGUUCAAAAUUCCUAAGCCAUUAAAGUGGAAUCAGCGCGGGGCCUUGUAUACCGCAUUGGAUGCAUGGAAAUUCGCAUGGACCGCUCGAAUUUGUGGUUAUGAUGUGAAUAUUCAAAUCCCAAAGAGUGCAGCUAGCUACUACAAGUACUAUGCUUCUAACGAAAACAGCUGGACUCACAUUCUUACGAAUGGGAUACCCAAUGACAUUGAUGCGGUUCAAAUCAUAUCAUUGUCGAAAAGGAAAUACCAUUUUAUCACAAUCCCAGACUACACAUCCUCAAAUGUACAGGCAGACGUUGACGUUGACGUUAACGUCUCUGUUUUGUGUAAAUACUUUUUUAUUAAAGGAAGACGUACGCCGCGGUUUUCAAACAUUGUUAUUCAAAAAGACGAUCUCAUUCGUCAAAUUCACCCCGUCAGCAAUGAGCUGAAUGGAAUGUGGAGUUCUGUUCAAAGAGCUGAUUGUGGUUUAAUGAUUGGCUUGAGAGCUCCAGUCUUUAUACCUGAAGAAUUCAGGGUUUAA